GAGCUGCGUUUCUACCUGUACCGCGCCUUCGCCGACCAGCAGUUUGCUUGCACCAUUUUCUCUGAGGAGCUGGAUCUCGCGAUCGUCCGCGUCGACACUAGCGACGGCAUUUCCCAGUGGAUUCGAAUGGGCUCAGGUGUCCGCAUGGGGCACCGCGCACGUCCUUCUUGGUUUAUCGGCGUCAUGCACGCGAAGGUCGACUCCUACUUGAGACUCCUGGGCGACGCACAGAUCACAGCGACGCUGGACACGGACUCGCUCCGACUUGUAGGGGACGUUGGUACUUCCACAUUCGCUGACGAUGCCAAGACGACACUCCUCGCCGACACCUUUGAGAGUUCCGUCUUCGCUUGUCGACGGGCUUCGCAAUUGCUUGACCAAGCUCUCAUUUUCAAGCCGUGGGCCGACGCGGAGGCCCUGCCCUCCGUCGUGCAGCGCCGGGGCAAAUGUGAGAUCGUGGUUUCUUACCGCGGGGACGGCACGCGACGCCAACUUCAGCGCACGUACCAGUCAAAGGGUGUUUACACUGGCCGGGUUCUUCCGGUCGCUCGUCACCUCGGAGGCUGGCGCAAUUUACGUUGUUCUUUCAAUGACCUGCGAGUCCGCAACAUGGAAGCCGCCAGGAAGAAUUACGACCGGGUCAAGGCGUCCCUGAAGUUUGCCGACGCGUCCACUGAGCUACGUAUUGGCCGGCUGCGCUGGUAUCAGACUAUGAGCAAAUCUCCGUUGUUGUACCAGCAGUGGCUUCUGGCAGUCUUCGGGUGCAUUGAGGGUGAACCUACUGUUGACGAGGCCAGCAGACUUCUUCCGACUGCUAAUUUGUGGGCUCGGCAGGUUGUCGAGGACAUUCGUGCUCUGACUAUGUUCGACGAUCACGCAGCUGUUGCGGAAGAGUGCUCCUCCUUCCCCCUCCGGGUCUUUCACGACCCUGAUCUCGCUGCACUGUUCCAGGCGAUCGAUCUUCGAAUCCUGCGCGCGGUGACGCUGACGACGAUG